UUUGAGCACCCAUUAUGAUCAUCAUCCGUUACUAGUGCUUAUUAUGUGUUUUCCAUAUCUCAGUAUCAUUGACUGUCGAUAAUUCAUUUUCUAGUUGUUUCUGAAAUCAGAACCCUAAAACGGUUAGACAUACCUUAAAAGAAUUACUUUGAUAUGCUCCAAUUGGUAGACAUCUUAAUUAUCAGCAAGCCUCCCAACAACCUAUUGGGGGUGUUGGGCCUAACUUCGGUACCUUAUGAUGCAGAAUAACUAAUUUAUCCUAUUGACGAGUCCUUAGAACAGUUCCUUUGUUCUGGAAAAUCUCUGUGAAAUUUGCUUUAAAAAUAUGAACUGUUGAGAAGUAUACUAGACCUGAUGUUAAUUUAAGUAAUUUGGAGUUUGACUUGUCAGUACAGAAGUCACUGAAGCGCUCGAAAAUAUUGCUGCUUGCUUGUGUUGACAGCUUUUUUAAAUAUAUAAUUUUGAUCAGCUCUUUUUUUAUUUUAUUUAUUUUUUUAUUCUUUCAGAAAGUUUUAAAAUCUUAUCUACUUGUGAAAGAUGUUUCAUUCGACUCUGUAACUUUAAGAAAAAUCAAUAGUAUCAAGAUGCAAAAAUUCCUAUAUGUUAUUUUUAUUCUCAUAUUAAAUCUUGAUUAUCCAGUGAACAGAUAUGUAGCUUUAUGUGACAUUAGAACCUGCUAAGAAUAGAAGCUUCAUUGUGGAUGUUUUCCUUGAAGAAGAAUAGAAGCUUGUAUAAACGAUUCUCAGUAGAUUGCUUGUCAGCUACACAAUAAGCAAAAAUCAUUAGUGUCUACAGUGUGAUGUGUGUACUUGUGUUGUCAAAUGAAGUUUUAGACUAAAACAACAACCCAGUAUAAUCCCACAAGUGGGGUCUUGGGAGGGUAUUAUGUGUGCGUAGACCUUAUCCUCGCCCGCUGUUUCCAAUAGACCCUCGGCUCAAGAAGAUGAAAAGAAGUAAUAGAACAGUAACAACAACAAAGGCUAGAGGGAGAGCACCAAUAACCGAAGAACCAGAAAAAUAGAUGGAAAAAGCAAUAGCAAUAGCCGGUAACAAUGGCAAGAUACAAGGACUAAAAAUGGUACUACAAUAAUUAGUUCUCAGAAAAGAUGAUUGUGUACUAAAUGCUUUCCAUUACAGUUAAUUUGUUGAAAGAAGCCUCAAAUGCUUUAAGCUGCCUAAAUGAUCUAUAUUUGCUUUUGCUCUCUGGUUCCGAUUUGCUACUUAAAGCUGCUGGGACCCCAUUCGUCAGAGCAGGUGUCGUUGGAUCUGGUACAGCUAGCAUAUUUGAUGAAGUUGUUCAGUCUUCAAAGCAGUCGAAGGAGGAAGGACUUGCUGAGCAGGGAUUUGAGAUUUGGUUACUUAGUAGAUGGUGCCGACUGCUAUUACAGCCGUGCAAGGAAGCUGCUACACCAACGUCCUGUACAGCAUUCUGGCAAAAGUCGGCCUUAUACUUUUAGCUCUUCCUGACAUGACUAGUACUCUCAGAAUUAUGUAAUAGUGUUCUAGCGAAAGUCGGUCUUAUCCUCUAAGCUCUUCCUAACAUGUCCAGCUAAUACUUCCAGUACUAUGUAGGCGACAAUAGUGAAUGUGUUUGUCAAGGUACUGCUGUUAUAGACUUAUAGGUACAUAAAUUUAGGGUAUCGGUCUUUCAAACGAAUUGAUUUGUGGGUGGUUGUCUGUCAAAGCACUUGCUGGUAUAAUCUAACGAGCAACGAAAGUAUUAAUGUAUUAACCUAGUGUUUAGCACUGUGUGGCUGUAGCCGUCGCCGUUCCCUCCCUAUUCAGUGGUGGAUCCACUCUAUUUGCAUUGAGAUCUGAUCUUAACAUUGAUAUUUUACAUUAUCUUGGGUCAACAUAGGUUCCAUUUAGUUUCUAUCUAUCCUAAUGCGUCGUUUGU